AUUUUUUUUUUUUUUUUAUUCCAUCCAUCAUGUCCUUGAAUGUUAGUGAUCCUGCCAUUACUGAAGCUUACGAAGAUGUGCGUGACGAUACAACUGAAACAAAUUGGGCCUUCUUUGACUUUGCUAAUGGUAAACCUGACCGUCUCAAGGUAGCUGGAUGUGGAACUGGUGGACUAAAAGAAUUCAUUGGUACACUUCAAUCUGAUGUGGCUGGCUGGGGCUAUGUUCGUUUGAACCUGAGUAACGACGAUUAUUCCCAUCGUGUCAAGUUUAUUCUAGUACCUUGGUGUGGUGAAUCUGUUGGUGUGAUGCGACGUGCAAAACUUAGUAUUCAAAUUGCUGAAGUCAAGAACGUAAUACGCAGUUAUCAUAUUGAAGUACCUGCUUCUCACUUGACUGAUCUGGAGGAACAAGAUAUUAUGACUAGACUGCGAAAAGCCAAUGGUGCCAACUAUGAUCGACAACUUAGUAACUAUUGAUAGAUGACAUAUAUUGUUAGAAUAGAGUUAGAUCGAUUGAUUUAUAUUUAUAAUAAAAAGAAGUUAUAUAUUGUGA